GCGCUGUCCGAGAAGGCCUCGCGUCCCUUGUCCCGCCUUCUGCUGUGGCCAUCCUCUCGCCGCGCCAAAUGCAGGCCGUCGCCCUCCCGGAGGAGAUCUGUUGGCUCCUUGAAGAUACUGAAGACUUCCUGGCAGAAGGCUUGCAGAAUGAGAACCUCAGUCCUGGGGCGCAGGAUCAGAGAGACCACAUUCUCCGGGGUUUCCAGCAAAUCAAGUCCAGGUACUGUUGGGAUUUUCAGCCCCAAGGAGGUGACCUUGGCCAGGACGGCUCUGACGACACUCUGAGUGGGACUCACGGCCCACCCCUUGCAUCAGAUUAUCAGGACGAGGGAAUAGAAGACAUCUUAAGAGGAGCUCAAGAGCUGGAUAACGUCAUCAAGCAAGGAUAUUUGGAGAAGAAAAGCAAAGAUCAUAGCUUCUUUGGGUCGGAGUGGCAGAAGCGCUGGUGUGUUAUCAGCAGAGGGCUCUUCCUCUACUAUGCUAAUGAGAAAAGCAAGCAGCCCAAAGGGACCUUCCUCAUUAAGGGCUACAAUAUCCGGAUGGCCCCUCACCUGCGAAAAGAUUCCAAGAAAGAAUCCUGCUUUGAACUGACCUCCCAGGAUAGGCGCAGCUAUGAGUUUACAGCUUUUAGUCCAGCUGAAGCCAGAGACUGGGUGGAUCAAAUAAGUUUCUUAUUAAAAGAUCUUAGCUCCUUAACCAUUCCCUUUGAAGAGGAGGAGGAGGAAGAGGAGGAAGAAAAGAAAGAAGAGGAAGAAAUGUACAAUGACAUCGAUAGCUUUGACUCCCCAAGGUCUGGUUCCCAGUGCAGAGCCGCAGCCUUGCCUGAACCUACAGACAAAGAAGAGGACAUUUAUGAAGUCCUACCAGAUGAAGAUGGUCUAGAAGAGGAUGCGUGUGGCGUUCAUCAGCGACGAGUGGACUAUGCCGAUUAUUACCAGGGCCUAUGGGAUUGCCAUGGUGACCAGCCAGAUGAACUGUCCUUCCAACGGGGUGACCUCAUCCGAAUUCUGAGCAAGGAGUACAACAUGUACGGCUGGUGGGUAGGAGAACUGAACAGCGUCAUCGGGAUUGUUCCAAAGGACUAUCUCACCACGGCCUUUGAAACGGAAGGAAGAUGAAGCCCAGGGAACAUAUCUUCUCUCCUACCUUGAGGAAGAAACAGAUCAUCAAAAACACGUUCCCUACCCUGGCCGUGGAUUCUUCUCUUCGCUGAACGGAGCCAAGACUCUGUUGCUUCGUGUGACUUUAAGCCACUAAUAAGACAAGUAGGAAGAAGACAGUUCAUCAAACCUGUUCCUCAAGCAGCCAGCUUCUAGCUUAUUGUCCUUUCUAUGUCCCAUAAGCCUUUUCUACAAGCCUGCUAACAAAGAAGACAGCAACGAAGGAAAUCAUGGAAGAAAAACGUUACCGGUGGGUCGUGGCUUGCAGAGCACAAAUAAAGUUUGGAUUUGUUUCUUUG